AUGGAGAAGUCGAAAAUCCGGUGGUAUGACAUGGAAAAAGUGAAAAGUUUCGAAAAAAAGUGGCAGCAAAGAAUAUUGGCAGUUGUUGUAGUUAUGCUGGCUAACAACAGUGGUGGUGAUCGUGUUUUGAGCAAAACUAGCAGUCGUAGCAGCAUGAGUAUUCGCAACAAUAGUAAAUCGACUAAGGGGAUAUUGAGAUGUAAAAGCGAACAUGCAUCACCAACACAGCGACAAAGAAUCAAGAAAAACGUGCGAUUUUCGGAUUGCAUUGAUUUGGAACAAGCAGAAUAUGCUAUCAAUACACAAGCAGAAAGGUACAAUGCAGAAUACACAGAUCGGGCUAUAACUGAUGGGUCUUAUAGUUCUGCUUUGGAGUUGCAGCUACAAAAAUAUUUUUGGUUACCAAUAGAAAGUGAAUUGAGAUGGUUGGUCGGUGAAAAAUGCGUUCAUUUGGAAAGUGUUCGAUGGUUUGGCCGCGCUAUCACCGGUAUGGUUCGAGUGAAAAAUUUGGAUUAUGAAAAAAAAGUAGAAAUAUUGUAUACCUUUAACGACUGGACUACCUUACAUACUGUAAAAGGUACUUAUACAGAGUAA